UCAUUGUUUAAUCAUCUUUAUUGCAAUUUAAAUUAAAUUUUGAAAUGGUGACGAUGACAGUAAAAUAUUCAUAUGAUAAUUAGUGUACAUGGUGCAUAAUUUAUUCUUAUCAUGCUAAUUAUAAACAAUAAUGGAAAAUGUAGUCAAAUGACACUUUGGAUUGAAAGGAAGGAUGUUUAGGAAUAGGUCAAUGAUGUGGUACCAGUUGCUCGCUGUACUUCCGUUCUACUGGCUACCCGGUAUUUCCGGCCACGGUCGACUCAUUGACCCUCCAUCAAGGUCAUCAAUGUGGAGAUACGGUUUCAAGAACCCUCCAAACUACGACGAUAACCAACUUUACUGCGGGGGUGUCCAGGUUCAAUAUGAGAGAAAUGGCGGGAAAUGUGGCGUCUGCGGAGAUCCAUGGAAUGGCCCUCGGCCUAAUGAGCCGCCAGGAAAAUAUGCGAACGGAAUAAUUGUGCGAAAAUAUUCCCUAGGAGAAGUAAUCACAGUCGUUAUAGAACUUACAGCCAAUCAUAAAGGCUGGAUGGAAUUUAAAAUAUGUCCCAAUGACGAUCCAACAAAAACUGUGACGCAGGAGUGCUUAGACCGGCAUGUGCUUCCGCUAGCAGAAACUAGAUCUCAAAAAUAUUUUGUCCCUAAUAAAAAUGGAUAUCAAAAACUAAGGAUAAAACUCAUGCUUCCUCAGAAUGUCAAGUGUAAAGCAUGUGUUUUUCAGUGGAUGUACAACGCCGGAAAUAGUUGGGGAACUGAUAAAAUAACCGGAAGAGCUUGCGUCGGCUGCGGAAACCAAGAACAAUUUUACGGUUGCGCAGACAUUGCAAUCGGAUAUGACGACAUUAGUGUAAGUUCCCAUAAGAAACUUCCGGCGGAUGAAGAGGACGAAGAACGUGACGAUUAUGACAAUGUCCCGGAUAUCACACAUUGGCACUGGACUGCCAAGCCCAGUAUAACUCCUGAGUGGAAAACCAGUACUGAUAAACAAAUGCAAACUAUUAGUAAAGGGACACAGUCUUUUAGCUUUAUGCCUGUGAUGAACAACAAUGGAAUGAAUCCAUGUAUGUGUAUUUGUAAAAAAGCGCCUUUGAAAAUGAAAGGUGGCCAAACGGCAGACGGGAUAGAAGCUCAGUUCUUUGAAAAUCUAGACGGACAGGAAAAUCAAGUAUGCAUGUGUAUGUGUCAAAAUAGUGCUAGUAACUAUAGUUUUUCGUUUUUGUUCACAAUAUGUGCCUUUAUAUUAACUCGUGCAUCUAGCCUGGUGUUUUAGUACAAUGUUACAAUGUGUGAAAAAAGAAAGGGUGCCAUAUCACGGCUGCAAGGUCCUCUUCAUAAUAUGAAACGUGUCUAACACGUGCUUAUAUCAUUCGGUUGAUAAGCGUACACGCGCUGUAUGCUGUCUGCGUCUGAUGCUUUACAUCUUGGACAAAGAAAGUAUAUUUUUAAACCAUCACAAAUGCGACCUAUAGAAUUCAAAGUGGAAAUCAUAAUAUAGUAUGUGUUAAACACGUGCUUGGAACGCUAGAUGUUGGUUUUGAGGCAGACCUGUCAGUAUCUGUACAUAUGCCUCUUGACAGAAAGUUAGUCAAAUAUCACAAAUGUGACAUCAUGAUAAAAAGGUGUAUUACAGGAGUAUUUUUAUCAUCACUUGCUGCUAUGUUAAUUCUUGAAAAAAAAACCCAAACAGAACCCACCGAGUUAUAACAAAUGUGAUCUAUUCUUUGCCUUUACGAAAGACGUUCGAGGUCCUGUGACUGGUCAUACGUGUGGAGUCCUAUUUUCUAUGUACAAUCUAUUUGUUUAGCAUAACCGAAAACUUCAUUUUGUUAUAUAUGAUAAUAACUGAUUUAUAUAUUUUACUUGUAUUGCAUGGAUGUACCACCAUAAACGUAUGUCAUAGAUUCAAAUAGCAACUCUCGAAAUUUGACAAUUUACAUAACUUGUUAAGAUAUUUCAUUAAAUUUUUACUAAUUUAGUCGCACGAGAUUUAAAAGUCAGAUCUCU